AGUGGGCUCUGACCGGGUACCGGGCUGCUGGCGUCCAUGGCAGCUGCCCCAGCUGAGCCUCCCGCCGAGAUGCAGAAGUACCGCGAGGAGUGGGAGAAGGAGUUCGCGUGGUUGCACAGAGUGCAGGACGACGCCCUGAAAGCGGGCUGCAGCGCUUGCGGGAGAGACUUCUCCAUCUCCCACGGUGGGGUGUGCGAUGUGAAGCAACACGCUGCGGGGGAAGGGCACGUGCGCAGCAUUCGAAUACAGAACCGGCGAGAUGGAUUUCUGCAAGCGGAUGGCUCGCCCGAAGCCGAUGAGACUCUGCGCUCUUCUGGCAGUUCCUUGGAGAUAAAAGUGGAAAAAAACGAUGAAGCGACGGUGGAAGACGGGCCCGGAAACUCAGGGAAGACAUUUCGGUUCAGUAACGAGCCCACCUUGGAAGACAUCAGAAGCCUCCAGACUGCAUUCGCUGCCGAGAGGGGCUGGGGAAAGUACCACCAGCCUCGGAAUCUGCUCCUUGCCCUUGUCGGGGAGGUGGGGGAAGUGGCCGAACUCUUCCAAUGGCGGGCGGAAGCCCCCGAAGGUCUACCAGGGUGGACAGACCCGGAUCGCGAAGCCCUCUCUGAUGAGCUCAGCGACGUCCUCAUUUACCUGGUGGCCCUGGCGGACAAGUGCCGCGUGGACCUGCCGUCCGCCGCCCUCCGGAAAAUGGAGAAGAACCGCCUUAAAUACCCAGCCGAGAAAGUCUACGGCUCGUCCAAGAAGUACACGGAGUAUCAGGAGUAGGAGCUGCUGCUGCUGCCGCCUCUUCCGGGGCAGGACAGAAACUUACCUGCGGCCUUGGACGGUUCUGGGUUCUAGUUGCAAGUCAGGAGAAAGAUGGUGUUGUGAUUUUAAGCCACGAUUAUUGUUUUCAAGCUUGUGCCUACCUCAUUGUAGCCACUGUGGGAUAAGUCCUGACAUCCAAUCAGUGUGUAAAUGGUCUUGCGGGGGGAAGGGGGGAAACGGGACAUAUAAGCUGCGCUCCAGUUGCUUUCACUCCCCUCUUCCUAAAAAUGUGGUGAGGAUCUUUCUGUCUGCCCUGCCCUUUCUUUGAAAAGGCAGCCGGAUUUAGCGCCGUGUGUGAAACUUGACACGGGACUUCCGAACACUGGCUUGGAACUGGACAAAUUUCAGGGGAAAUCUGGAUGUUACGGAGCAGAUGCGUAUGGCAGGUCUCGUUGUGUUUAUGUUGUGGGGGGAGCUGCCAGUUUUAACAGGUAAGGAAAAGGCUGCGUUGCCCUUUCAAGUUGCAGCCACGGAGCAAGACGCAUCCUUUCUGCCCAGGGGUGGAAAGGUAGCUGAGCAACGGUUGAUGUUAAGUGACGAAGAGCAGGAGGUGAAAGGGUUAAUCAGCCUACCUGUUUACAGCUGACCCUCUAUUCAAGUUGGCUGCCUCCACUGGGUUCUUGUUGGUUGUUUUUGGUGCCACUCCAGACUCGCAGUCCACCAUUUCCCUAGCAUGACGUUUUCUUUGCUUAUGAACCGUGUCCCGUCUUCAAGAUUGUCUUGUGUUACCAGUAGCUCCUCAGUUCUUAAAAUGACCCAUGUGCCCUCGUAUAAUAUUGUAGCCUCUCCAUCUGUAGAGGGUCUGCAGACAGUAUGGGGUGUAUUUCUAUCAGGGGUCUGCAACCUGCGGCUCUCCAGAUGUUCAUGGACUACAAAUCCCAGCAGCCCCAAUUGGCCAUGCUGGCAGGGGCUGAUGGGAAUUGUAGUCCAUGAACAUCUGGAGAGCUGCAGGUUGCAGACCCCUAGAUAAACAGAUAACCCAUGCCAGUGGGGUGGGGGUAAAAAAAUGGAUUUGUAAAGAAAGAUCUGAGGGUGGAUACAGCCCAGCCAACACCUUUGGAAAUAAGUAUUUGGCGAGAAACAGAUAUCUAUACGAAAGGUGAAUCAGUCAAUUGUGGGAAGGUAGAGCAGCUAUUUUAGAUCUCUCCGCAAACCAGUUCUUACAUUGUGCAAAAAAAUAUAUUUUAUUUUCUUUGAA